AUGAGUAUUGAUGAGCCUCCUGAGGCUCUAUCAGUUUGUUUGAUGAAAUUGUUUUAUGUUGAUAGUGUCCUUUUCUUUCAGUCAGCAAUGGAUUCUUCCAGUGGUGAACAAGCCAGUUCCUGCCCACCAAGGAAGCUUGAAGUGUCUGUCAGCAGCCUCCUGUCAGAGCCAAUGUUGGAUAUUGAUUCAGCUACUCUCGAGUUGUCACUGCCUGAAGAUGCAGUCCGACCAAUUAUCCACCGUGUUGACUCUUGUCAUUCUCAAGACUGGGAAGAUGUAGAAAAAUUUGAAACUUUCAAUGACCUUGACUCGAAUGCAGACUCUCUUCUAAGUUCUUGUCCAAGAAAUAAAGUUUCCACUGGAAUUAGUCAGGAAUCUAAGAAUGAAGAUAAGAAAGAAAAAAGGAAUCCUGCAGCAGCAGAUCUUGAUCUGACAACUGAUGAAGAUGUGCCGGCUGGUUCAGUUCAACCUUUGACUUUAAAUUUGGAGGAUGCAAAUGGCCUCAGCCCUACUGGCUACUAUUCUGACCCUUGUCAGAUGAAAGGAACCUCUUGGUCUCAACAUUUGAAAUUAAGCCCAAUGGAGAUUGGGAAAAGUUUUGAUGAACUCUGCAAAGGAAACAUCCCUCAACAUUCAUUGGCUGAAACGAAAGAGUACAGGACAAUAUCCAAAAAGCAGGACAGCCUGCCUAACAGUUCAACAAUUCCUGAAGCGUUCACUACAUCAAAUGCUUUAAAUUCUCCUUUAGCACCUUCUAAAUCUGGUCCUGUUCCUAAUUUUAAAUCACUUCAAGAAAGGCAGAUAACUUGGAUGUUGCACCAAUUGGAAGAGCAGCAUUUGAAAGCUCUGAAGAAGCAAUAUGAACAACAUCAGCAGAAUAUUAAAAGAAUCCAGGAAGAUAUGGAAGCAGAGAUACUCAACCAGCAGGCAUCGUUCCAACAGAAAAUAAAAACCAGUAAGAAUGCUCUCAUCAAAGAGGCCUUUGUACGAAGUAAUAUAAACCCCCACAUAUCCCUACGCCCUAAUAUGGGUCACCCAAAUUUUAACAGCUAUGAUGCUGAUAUUGAUCUCAGUGACACUGAAGAUUCAGAAGAUAACUUGUCUCUAGAAAUGAUGUCUCCAAAUGAACAAAGGCGUUUUUCAGUGCCUCCAACUGGCAAUUAUCAACCACAGGCAAGUCAAGCAAAUCAAAAACGGUCACCAGUUUCACCAAGGAGGGGGUCAUUUUCCCCUUUAUCUGACCAUUCCAGUUUGACACAUCAUAUGCAGCCACCUCUUAACUCUGGCCUCAUUACAGAUGGCAGAAUAUUGCAAGGUGGUGUUUAUGCGACACCUUUCCCAUUAUCUAAAAGUUCUCUGCUCUUAAAAUCUCCAACAGAAAUAUCUAGCAAACCUGAAAGUUUUGACACUGAUUCACAUCUUCCAUCUGUUCUUGGAGAUGAUUUAAAAUCAGAAACUGCACUAUUGCAAGAAUUGGAACAGCGCCAUAAUCAACGAAUUCAACAGCAGGAACUGACAUCUAACAGGAAUUUUCAUGCGUUAAAUGAUGUCCAAUACACAGAGUCACUUGGCUUGGUUUCAAUUAAUGAUUCUCGGGGUAAUUUACGAGAAAAGCAUGCAAAACAUCUUUCUGAAUUACGUUUGUACUAUGAGAAAGAAAUCCAAGAACUGAGGGAUGCCUUGAGCAAUACAGAUAGUAUCAGCAGUCAAAGUGCUUAUAAGAAAUUGGUUGAAGAAAACUUGCUUCUUACAAAGAAAUGUCAAGAAAAAGAGGAAGAACUUGCCCAACAAAAAACUCGUGACUAUGAACAACAAGUGCAAGUUUAUCAGGCUCAAUUGCAAACAUAUGCACAGCGCUGUACAGAUCUAGAGAAGCUGCUAAGUGAUUUCAAACAUCAGUUAUAUCAAGAAACUGCUCACAACCAUAGAAAAGAGACGAGACUAAAAGAACUUGAGUCUGAGAAUCUAAAACAAAAUUCUGCAAUUGAUGAGAUGAUCAAGUUGAGAGAAGAAUAUUUGGAAGAUAACAAACAAAAGAAUGCAACAAUUCAGAAGUUGGUUACCAGGUAUGAAAAGCUGGAGAAAGAGUACAAGAUUGUUAAGGAAACUUUGACAGUAGCUGAGGAAAGAUACUUUGAAGCCAAUGCAGAGAUAUUAUAUGUGAAAAGAGAAAAUGCCCGCCUUGAUUUUGAUAACAAGCGAUUGAUGCGAGAAAAUGAAAAUCUUCGUCAAAAAAUCGGUUCCUUCAAAUUCUUUGGCGAUGAAGAAACAGGAAAUCUUAACAAUGCAUCAGUAAAUAGUUCCAGCUCCAAAUCACCACGAGGCAGUCAAAGGAAUCUAUCCAGCCAAACACGACAAGCUGAAUUAGAUUUAAUGAGAGAAGUUGGAGGAAAAGAAAUGUCUGAAGCAUUUGAAAAUAAAUUUACUUCUCCAAUCAUGGCUGCUGAAAGAGAACUUCGGAAAUUCAGAUCCACUAAGAAGUUAAAUCAACAACCUAUUCCUUUGCAUCAAGAGAAAUCCAAUAAUGCAGGUUCUACAGACAAAAGCUUAGAAUCAAAACUGAGCCAAAUUUGUUCCCAGCCACAAUUUGAAGAUCUUUAUACUUCUUUAACCAAAGUUCAAAACAAAUUUGAAUCUUCUCCAAUUACAGUUUCUAAGACUCAGCAAAAAUUUCAAGUGACCCUUGACACAAUAAAAAAACUGGAAGAUCGUUAUGAUAGCCUUCAAGCUGAGAAAAUUCAGCUUGAGGCUUCUUUGAGUCGUAUUCCUGUGUCAGGUAGAGUUGAUAGAAAAGCACGGCAACGUAAGGGAGCUUACAAGUUGAGACAGUUGCUACAACAGAACUCAUGGCAUUAA